AAUGAGUUCGUGGAACGUCACUCCGCUUCGGCAAUAAUCAUCGAACCAAUCUGUUAAUUGAAAAAAAAUCGUAACAAACUAUCGCCUUUCCACGGCGUUAGUGAAAUAAUCCUCGUGUAAAAUAACAGCGUCGAAUCGAGUACCAAGUUGAGAAUCCAAAUGGCUACCUUGGAGGAUAAAUCUAUCUGGGAGGAUGGAGAGGAAACGCUGGGCGAAGAUGUUCUGCGUAUGUCCACGGACGAGAUAGUUUCUCGUUCCCGUCUCCUGGACAACGAGAUAAAAAUAAUGAAAAGCGACGUGAUGAGAAUAUCGCACGAGCUCCAGGCGCAGAACGAGAAGAUAAAGGAAAACACAGAGAAAAUAAAAGUUAACAAAACACUGCCAUACCUUGUAUCGAACGUCAUAGAAUUACUGGACGUGGAUCCCCAGGACAUGGGUGAGGAGGACGGAGCAGUUGUGGACCUAGAUGCGCAGAGGAAGGGAAAAUGCGCGGUGAUAAAAACUUCAACUCGUCAAACAUACUUUCUGCCUGUGAUAGGACUGGUCGACGCCGAGUCACUCAAGCCCGGUGACCUGGUCGGCGUUAACAAAGACAGCUACCUCGUCCUGGAAACUCUACCCGCCGAGUAUGAUGCCAGAGUAAAAGCGAUGGAGGUCGACGAACGGCCAACCGAACAAUACUCUGACAUCGGAGGUCUGGACAAGCAGAUCCAGGAGCUUAUAGAAGCCGUUGUCCUGCCCAUGACUCACAAAGAGAAGUUCGAAAAUUUGGGAAUCCAGCCACCCAAAGGAGUGCUUCUUUAUGGGCCACCUGGAACAGGAAAGACGCUUCUUGCUCGAGCCUGUGCUGCACAGACCAAAUCCACCUUCCUCAAACUGGCUGGACCGCAGCUGGUUCAGAUGUUCAUUGGGGACGGUGCGAAGCUUGUACGAGACGCAUUUUCACUGGCCAAAGAGAAGGCGCCAGCAAUUAUAUUCAUCGACGAACUCGACGCCAUUGGCACGAAAAGAUUCGACUCUGAAAAGGCUGGAGACAGAGAAGUCCAGAGAACUAUGCUGGAGCUCCUUAAUCAAUUGGAUGGCUUCAGCUCCAAUGCCGAUAUUAAAGUUAUUGCUGCCACUAACAGGGUCGAUAUACUUGAUCCUGCGUUGCUCAGAUCCGGGCGUUUAGAUAGAAAAAUAGAAUUCCCCCACCCCAACGAAGAGGCUAGAGCUCGAAUCAUGCAGAUACAUUCACGGAAAAUGAACAUGUCGCCAGAUGUUAAUUUUGAAGAACUUUCCAGGUCUACUGAUGACUUUAACGGGGCUCAGUGCAAGGCUGUCUGCGUUGAGGCAGGUAUGAUCGCUCUCAGACGCAAUGCAACUGCCGUCACACACGAAGAUUUGAUGGAAGCUAUCAUGGAAGUACAGGCCAAAAAGAAGGCGAACCUUAACUACUAUUCAUAGAUAUCCCAAACUUCGGCGUGUUUUUUUUUUUUUUUUUUUUAAAUUAGGCUUAUGAGCCAAUUGUGAGCCUAACAAUUUUUUUCAUCACGAUUUCUAAUAGAUUGUAAAAACUCGCAAAUAAAUUCGCAUCCAAUACAUAAAACGUGUAUAAAACUUGCUGAAUAAAACUCUUUACGUAUUUA